AAUUAAUGACACACUCCACCAACAAUAAUUACCUUCCUCCUCCUCCCCCUCUCCUUCCACCUUUCUCUCCAUUUUUCCCUCCUCUCUGAAAGCCUCCAUGUCCCUGCCUCUCCCUGUACAUGGAUAUGCGUCUAUUUCUGUACCUUGACGUACUGUCCCAUAUGGAGUCCAACGCUGUUUUGUUGCCUUGUUCAUAAUCAUCUGCUUUGCCUUCGUAAUUGAAUCAUGAAUUAUACCAUCAAGAACAGGGCGUUGUCAGCGUCUCAAUCAACCCAACCAUUCUGUUUUUUUCUGAAUUCUUCAAUGUUCAUUUCGGGAUGUUGUAUUUAAAGCAGCCUAACCUCGUUUUGGGGGGCAUUUAAGGUGUCGGCGGUUGUGAUUUCCUUCUUUCUCCCUUCUGGCUCUAUAUGAUACGUUGUGAGGUGAUAUGAUUUGAUAUCAUAUCCUCUUUUCUUGCUUCUUCUAUUCAAUUCUAUUCUAUUCUAUUCUAUUGUUGAUUUGUGCUGUUCUGUGAUUUGCAUGCCCUUCUCCUAGUUUCCCUGAGCCUGGGCCUGUGGUGCGAGGCUCGGGGGAUCUGUAAAUCUUUUCUCAAAUAUGGCUUCUUUAGAGGCCGACCCCUUCUCCUCCACCAAUCCCACCGCUUCCUCUGAGAAUAACUCGUUCUCCACCUUUCCACUCCCAUCCCCUGAAAAUGAUGCUUACUCCAACUCUGCUGCAUCUUCUGAUGACCUCCGUUCUGCCUCGCCUGCUUGUAUGCACAAAUUCAGGCUCUAUGAGACUCGAUCGAAAUUUUACAUUGUAGGAAGAGACAAGAGUAGAACAUAUUGGAGAGUGCUCAAAAUUGAUAGGAUGGAUCUGUCGGAGCUAAACAUUCGGGAAGAUUCUGCUGUAUAUACUGAAAGUGAAUGUUCUGAUCUGCUGAGACGCAUACACGAGGGUAAUAAAUCUACAGGCGGACUGAAGUUUGUGACCACUUGUUAUGGUAUUGUUGGGUUCAUUAAAUUCCUAGGACCCUAUUACAUGCUGCUUAUUACGAAGAGGCGUCAAAUUGGUACGAUAUGUGGUCAUACUAUAUAUGCUGUUUCCAGAAGUGAGAUGAUUCCACUUUCAAAUCCAGCGGUUCGGUCCAACAUAGCCAUUUCAAAGAAUGAGAACAGAUACAAGAAGCUCCUAUGCUCGGUGGAUCUCACGAAGGACUUCUUUUUCAGCUACUCAUACCAAGUUAUGCGUAGCCUUCAAAAAAAUAUAUGUGAUAAUGAGACAGGCCAUGCCCUUUAUGAAACCAUGUUUGUCUGGAAUGAAUUUCUGACACGUGGAAUCCGAAAUCACUUGCAUAACACUAUUUGGACGGUUGCUUUGGUCUAUGGUUUCUUCAAGCAGGCUACACUAUCUCUAGAUGGGCGAGAUUUUAAGUUGACCCUCAUUGCUAGACGUUCUCGCCAUUAUGCUGGCACAAGGUAUUUGAAACGAGGUGUGAAUGAAAAAGGUAGAGUGGCAAAUGAUGUCGAGACUGAACAAAUUGUUUUUGAGGAUGUCCCUGAAGGGGUUCCUAUGCAUCUAAGUUCUGUUGUCCAGAAUCGUGGCUCAAUCCCUCUUUUCUGGUCACAGGAAACUUCGCGCUUGAACUUAAGGCCUGAUAUUAUAUUGUCGAAGAAGGAUCCAAAUUAUGAAGCAACCAGACUUCAUUUUGAAAAUCUUGCUAAAAGAUAUGGCAACCCCAUAAUUAUAUUGAACUUGAUAAAGACACGUGAGAAGAAGCCACGAGAAUCUAUACUUCGUGCAGAGUUUGCUAAUGCUAUUGACUUCAUUAAUAAGGAACUUUCCGAGGAGAACCGUCUUAGGUUUCUUCAUUGGGAUCUGCACAAGCAUGCUCGGAGUAAAACCACAAAUGUUUUACAGCUUCUGGGGAAAGUGGCUGCUUUUGCAUUGACGCGUACAGGAUUCUUUCAUUGUCAUGUUACUCCAGCUUUAAGAUCUGAAAGGAGUGAAGGAAAUUGUAGCUUAUCUUCUCAGUUGCAUUCAGACAAUGAUAUUGAAGAUGCUGCUAGCAUGGAAAAGCAAACAAGUGUCGAAAAUCUUGCUUUUAAUGGAAAUUGCGUUAUAAAACAGCCAAUAUUCCAGAGUGGGGUGCUGAGGACCAAUUGCAUAGACUGCCUCGACCGUACAAAUGUUGCACAAUAUGCAUAUGGGCUUGCUGCUCUUGGACACCAGCUUCAUGCCUUGGAAAUCUUAGAUUCCCCCAAAAUUGAUCUUGAUGCCCCUUUGGCUGACGAGUUAAUGGGAUUUUAUGAGAGGAUGGGUGACACACUCGCACACCAGUAUGGUGGCUCAGCAGCUCACAAUAAGAUAUUCUCCGAAAGAAGGGGACAGUGGAAAGCAGCGACACAGUCUCAGGAGUUCUUCAGAACUCUUCAAAGAUAUUACAGCAAUGCCUACAUGGAUUCAGAAAAACAAGAUGCUAUUAAUUUAUUUCUGGGAUAUUUUCUACCACAAAAGGACAAACCUGCACUCUGGGAACUAGAUUCAGAUCAGCAUUGUAAAGUAGGGAGGAACGGGCGAAUCUAUGCAGAAGAAGAUGGAAGGUCAGCAUUCAAAAGAUCCUUGUCAGAUGGUAAUAUUCUCCACGAAAAUUGCUCACCAAUGUUAUCUACAAACAGAAGGCUAGAAAAACAUUCAAAUUCAGUAUUAUCCAGACAAUCGCGAGGAAGUAGCAAGGUUCUUUUGGAAUCGUCUCCAGAGACAUCCUCUUCUGGAAGUGAUAUAGCAUUGUCAAGGUAUACUCCCUCGAUGCCUCAGCGGCGAAUUUUUGGGACCAUUCAAAGAGAAAGAGGCUUUGAAGGUAACCAUAUUUUCUUUUCAGAAGGGGACGCUACGAGUUGCUCAAACUUUGUUGACCUGGACUGGCUUUCAUCCUCUGGGAAUUCAUGUGAGGAGGAGUCAUUUGAGAGGUCCUAUGCGUCCAACUCUCCAACUGCCAGAGAGUCGUCUGAAAAUGUUAUCACUGGAGAAUCGACUCCCUCUGUGAGUGAAUAUGGUUCAAGCAUGAAGGUAAUGGAGCAGAAUGCAAUGGAAGUUUCCCAAGUGAACACACAGAAACUUAACGUUGUGGAGGAAUAUUCAGAGAACUUUGUGCAGUGGGUGAAAUAUGGGGAGACCCUCUGUUAUUGAAGCCUUUCUCACAAUCUAUCCCUAUUCUCACCAUCAUGACAGAACGCUGCCAAAAUACAAGUGCGUGCCAACGGGUGAGCAGAAACAAACUCUGGGGGAGCACUGGUUCUUCCAAACCAACACUCAUUCCUCCUAUUCAAACAUCCACUUCAUUCCCAACUACAAAAAUGGUAAAUAGUGAACCUCUAAAUCUGAAAAUAAUAAUAACAAUAAUUCUUUUGGAGCACAAAUUUUUUCCUCCGAUGCUAGGCUAUGGGCAUCUCUAGGUAAAAUUAUGUAAAUAUUUCCCCUCUUAAAAUCGUGCUUAGAACACUGCAGAUCCAUGAUUCUUUUUAUUCAAUGUUAUUUUGGGAUUUUGAUUUUGUAACAUCGUGCUCUAAUUGACUUUUUGAAAUGUGUAAACUAUA